GCUUAGUAAACAUGUCAGCCUCCAUGUGUUAAAAGUGAAAUUUUUAGAAACGAUCACCCAAGUAUAUGAAUUAUAAUGGCACUGUUUGAUAUUAGGAGAUUUAAAGGUGAUGACAUCGAUGAGAUACCAGAAGAUCAACCUAAUAUCAUUCUUCAAAAAUUGAAAGAAAAUGUCCAGAAACGAAAGAGUGAAAAAUUGAAUAAACCCAUAGUAAAGGAUGGCUUGGCUAUUGAUGUACAAGGUAAAGUGUUAAAAAAGGUGAAAAGAAAAAAAGAUUUGGAUCACACUCAAGAAACCCAUGUUAAGUCUAAAAAACAUAAAAAGUCUAGAGAAAUAGUUGAAAAGGAAAGCAAAUCACCAAUGCCUGAAGCAGAUGAUUCGGUAAAUUCGUCAAAAUCUGUGAUAAAAAACAAAAAUGUAAACAUUUCUAAAGAUAAAUCGAAAAAAAGUGAGUGUGUGAAACUAUGUGCCGUGGCCGAUCAUUUUAGUGCUACUAAUGAUGAAUGUUCAAUAAAAGAAGUCAAUAAUGAUGAACCAUCAGAAUACGAACGUGAAAAUGUCAGUAAAACUGGUAUAAAAGAAGGACCACACACUGUUGGAAACUUUACAGUAUUAGGUGAUUAUAAAGUUAAGAAACAAGUCAAGGUGAAACAUAUUUUACCAGGUUGGUUAGAAGAACCUGGUAUUAUUAGCAAUAGUUUAACACAGACACCAGUGGAACAGUUUAUAGGAUUAUUAGACGAAACACUCAUCAAUAAAUUACAAGAAAAUAAUAUUACACAUUUCUUCCCAGUUCAGACUCAGAUAUUACCAUUGUUAUUAAACCAAAUUACAGAUAAUAAUUGUUAUGGAAAAGAUGGCUACCAGCCCUCAGAUAUUUGUGUUUCGGCACCAACAGGAAGUGGAAAGACCUUGGCAUUUGCUCUACCAGUUAUUCAGACAUUAUUGAAUAGAGUAGUAUGUAGAGUAAGAGCAUUAAUAGUUUUACCUGUUCGUGACCUGGCGUUACAAGUAUAUAAAGUAUUUCAGACAUAUUGUAAAGGUACUGGACUAAGAGUUAUCUUGUUAGCUGGUCAGACUUCCUUAGCUGAAGAACAAGAAUCUCUAGUUAUAGAAAGGUUAAAUGGUUGCUGUAGUUUAGCCGAUAUUGUUGUAGCAACUCCUGGUCGUCUCGUUGAUCAUAUCAACAAAACAACUGGUUUUGACUUGAGUCAUUUACGAUUUCUGGUAAUCGAUGAAGCUGAUAGAAUGAUGGAAGAUAUUAAACAAGACUGGUUAACACAAGUUGAAAACUCAGUUUUAAAACUUCAUGGUUCUGGUUGGAAUCUGGUAGACAGACGACCCCCUAUACCAUUAACAGUUCACAACUGUUCUACUAUACGAAUCGCUUUUCAGAAACUAUUAUUCUCUGCAACUCUUUCUCAAGAUCCAGAAAAACUACAGCAGUUAAAUUUAUUUCAACCCCAACUUUUUACAACGAUUUUGGAAUCAAAAUCUAAAGACAUAGGAACCCCAAAUGGCACUGAAAAUACAGAAAGUCAAGAAGAGAGAGGUGAUUUUGUUGGCAAAUAUACAACACCAGCAACUUUACAGGAACGCCAUAUUGAAUGUCAAGCUUUUCAGAAACCGUUGAUGGUCUUACACUGUAUACAUAAUCUUAACUACAGACAGAUUCUCUGCUUUACUAACUCAGUGGAGUCCACACAUAGAUUGUUUUUAUUGAUAAAGUUAUGUGGUGGUAUAAAAGUACAGGAGUUUAGUUCAGCUUUAACUGGAACAGUUCGACAAAAAAUACUAAAUGAUUUUGCCAGUGGUGACAUUAAUAUGAUUAUUUGUUCUGAUGCUAUGGCAAGAGGUAUGGAUAUAAAUAAUGUUGAGUAUGUGAUAUUAUAUGAUAGACCUAGUCAUAUUCAAACUUAUAUACAUCGUGUUGGUCGUACUGCUCGUGCUGGUAAACCAGGAACAGCUAUUACUAUACUUGAACAGAGAGAAGUUUGUACUUACAAGACAAUGUUAAAGGAGGCCGGGAAAGAGAAAUUUAAAAAGUUAAAAAUUAAACCAAACAAGUUAAUUUCAUUGAAACCAAUGUAUGAUGAAGCCUUAGAAAAACUUCCAGCUAUUAUUAAGGCAGAGAAACAAGGAAAGAAGGAAGACCAUUAAUGUUGACAAUGCAUUUCAUAAAAGACAUAAAAUUAAAUAAGGUUAUACCACAUGGCUUCUGUAAAGAGACUUCAAACUGUAGGUUACAGACAUCUCUUACUUUUGAGCACACAUGUGGUAUUACGAAUAUAUUGCCAGCACUGUGUAUGUUAAUUUAUGUAUUUAUUAUCUCACAUCAAAUCAAUAUGACAAUCCAUCUUUCUUGUUUAUGUAAAUAAUGUCAAUUUUUAAUUAUGAAAGAUAGACUAGUAAACAUGGAGAUCAUAAAUAAUUCCAGAAGAAAUCUGUUUACAAUGAAGCAUUAAAAAUUAAAAUAAACAUUGUAUUUAAAUGUUUAUGUACAUGCUAUAAACAAUACCAUUUAUCUCAUAGUCUUGAUAAAUAAAAUAAAAAUAUGCAUUUAUA